GUCCUCCGCCUCCUCCCCCUUUUCGCCCAGCUACGUUAUCAGUCAGGAGUCCCCAGCAGCGGCACGGCGCAACCCACUGACAGCUGCGACUGACUCACAAGCGAAGAGGGGGGCAAAGAUGGAGCACCGGGACGCCGACUUCAACAUCCUGCUCGCCACCGACUCCUACAAGGUAACGCAUUACAAACAAUACCCGCCCAACACGAGCAAAGUGUACUCGUACUUUGAGUGCCGCGAGAAGAGGACGGACCCGGGCAAAAGCCGAAAAGUCAAAUACGACAAAACCGUCUUCUACGGCCUUCAGUACAUCCUCCACAAAUACCUCAAAGGAAAGGUAGUCACUCCGGAGAAGAUCCAGGAGGCCAAGGAGGUGUACCGGGAACACUUCCAGGAUGACGUUUUUAACGAGAAAGGGUGGACGUACAUUUUGGAGAAAUACAACGGCCACCUGCCGAUUGAAAUCAAGGCGGUCCCGGAGGGGAGCGUCAUCCCCCGGGGCAACGUCCUGUUCACUGUGGAGAGCACGGAUCCCGAAUGCUUCUGGCUCACCAAUUGGGUGGAGACCAUCCUAGUGCAGAUCUGGUACCCCAUCACCGUGGCGACCAACUCUAGGGAGCAGAAGAAGAUCCUGGCCAAGUAUCUUCUGGACACAUCCGGGAACUUGGAGGGGCUCGAGUACAAAUUGCACGACUUUGGCUACCGCGGCGUCUCGUCGCAAGAGACUGCGGGCAUCGGCGCCUCUGCUCACUUGGUCAACUUCAAGGGCACGGACACAGUCGCUGGAAUCGGUGUGAUAAAGAAGUACUAUGGAACCAAGGACCCGGUGCCAGGGUUCUCUGUACCUGCUGCAGAACAUAGCACCAUCACGGCGUGGGGCAAAGACCACGAGAGGGACGCCUUCGAGCACAUCAUCAAGCAGUUCCCCAGCGUGCCCGUCUCCAUCGUCAGCGACAGCUACGACAUCUACAACGCCUGCGAGAAGAUCUGGGGCGAGGACCUGCGCGGGCUCAUCGAGUCGCGCAGCGCAGACGCGCCGCUCGUCGUGCGGCCCGACUCGGGGAACCCCCUCGAUACGGUGCUGAAGGUUUUGGAGAUCCUGGGUAAGAAGUUCCCGGCGCAGGAGAACGCCAAAGGAUUCAUGGUGCUGCCUCCGUACAUCCGAGUCAUUCAAGGAGACGGAGUGGACAUCAACACACUACAGGAGAUCGUGGAGGGGAUGAAGGAGCACCGAUGGUCCCUUGAAAACGUUUCCUUUGGCUCCGGCGGCGCUCUGCUGCAGAAACUGACCCGAGAUCUGCUCAACUGCUCCUUCAAAUGCAGCUACGUGGUCACGAACGGACUCGGGGUGAACGUGUUCAAGGACCCCGUGGCGGACCCCAACAAGAGGUCAAAGAAAGGACGCCUGUCUCUGCACCGGACUCAAAGUGGGGAGUUUGUCACCUUGGAAGAGGGCAAAGGUGACCUGGAGGAGUACGGAGCGGACCUGUUGCACACCGUCUUCCAGAACGGCAAGAUUGUGCAGACGUACACGUUUGACCAAGUCAGAGACAAUGCGAAGCUCAAGGAGAAUGAGCUCGAUUAGCCGUCGACAUUGAUUCACGCCCCCCCAGCCCCCAACCCCGAGCCACUCUUCCUCAGCCUCUGAUAUCACGACCCCGAUAACAAACCGAGGCCUUUGUGCACUGAUGAUCCAUCCUGCCCUGAAUUCCCCUUAAACUGUGACUUCCUUUUAAAAAAAAAAUCACAGGAGCUCCACGGAACUCGCUCAUUUCCGAUAACAAAAAAAAAUAAUAAUGAAGUGCGGCAAGCCAAUGGAAGGAUGGGUAAUCUUCGCGCAGCUGCCCCGCCCUCCUCACAAACCGGACGAUGUGAUUGGCUGUAACGCCGACAUGUAAACAUAGCGAAAUACCGUUUUUAACUUCCAGGCCAAAUGUCAAGCAAAAGGCCGCAACCUUUCGAGUUUUGCACCAAAAUACCUUGUGCAGCUCCGUUUCCAAUUUGCCAUCAUCAAAGAACAUUCCCAUCACCAAGAGACCGCCUCACCUUCGCAGUUUGUACACGUGUUUGUUUCCGAAGUUAAUCUUGUUGAAAAUGAGGCAUCCCCCCCCCCCCCCCUCCCCGAAAAUACUGCAGCUCGAGCGUUCCCGGCCUUCAUGGCUUGGGGAGGGGGGUGGGGGGGUGCUCUCCAAAUGACCAAGUGUCGAUGUCGAGUCGAUACCGCGCAUAAAACGUCUUCACUGGAAUGAGGAGGAUUGAAGGACAUGAAUGACUUCCUCGCCGCGUGUGUGUGUUCGAGUGGCGCUGAUGCGUGAGUGUCUUACAUCUCCGUGCGGUAUUCUUAUCUGGGAUGGGUUUUUUUGUUGUUGUGUGUGUUUAUUUUCACGAGCAAGGUAUUUAUUGUGGAUCCUCAGAGCGCCCAAGUUGAGCAAACGGACGCGGCGAGCUGGUGACCUUGCAGGUAUCCAACGAACCGGCUCGGACAUGCAAUCAAACCUCGAGGAAACUACUAGUAGCCUAGUUUAGCACUGUUGAUGAUUAGAAAAGUUUAAUUGCGUCCUAGUAGGCCAAAAGUGGCAGUAGUAGGGGCGCUUAUCUUUCUACAAGUAUGCCAAAAUUGUCUUGAGUGAAAACAUAGACUGUACUAGUACAUGGAUAUCAAGGACGUUGAAAAAAAUACACUAUGGGCAGCCCGAAACAAGCGAGCUAUUUUUAAAAGCAAUCUAAUUGGAAAUGGUACCAAAAAAAAUGACACCAUGAUCCGUUCACGCUGGUAAUUAACACCGCCAAAUAGCUGCAGAACUCAUUUUAAAUUCUUAUUUUGCCGAGAUGAUUUUUUUCAUCGCGUAUUGGCGGUGUCGUCCUGCUCUUCACACCUCCCUCUGUAGAAUGUUAUUAGUAAAAUCAGGGCCGCCGGCGUUAGCGUUUAGCAUUAGCAUGGCUGGAGACCUGUGACGUCACCUGCUCAGGUCCAUCACACGUGAUUGACGGCGAGCGGAUGAAACCGCGCAAUUACCUGUCAUACUUUGAAGGAGGGCACUUUUUUUUUUAAACAACUGCUGUCAAAAAUAAUCACCUCGCAGUUUAUUGUUGCUUUGUUUGCAUUACGGGCCCGCGUUUUUUGAGUGCUUCAUGUUAUCGACUGUUUUUACCUCAUUGCAGUAAAUAUUCUUUACAGAC